AUGUCUUCACGACUGGAUAUAUCAUCAACGGACCAUACAGCGUCCGAGAGCCUACUAGCGAGUAUCCUGGUGGCCCGCUUUUUGCGAUCAAACAAUUAUCAUGAGACUCUAAAUACGUUUAUUAAUGAGGCGGGUCUUCCACCCAAUGUUGGGGCUUUUAGGCGCGCUCAGAACACGGGCGAUGAUAAAUUAGACGGAGCGAAUAUCGUGAAUAAGUGGACGCUGGAAGGUAUCAUACAAGAAAAGAAGAAGUUCGAUCAGACUUUAUCGUUUGAGCGCCUUGGCGAUUCGCAUGCCAACAAUGAGGGGUGGACCAUGCCUGCCCCAGCAGUACUCAAAGCCAUAGAAACUCCAGCUUCGUCCAAUUUACUUUCAGCAUCUGUUGAGCCAUGGCAGAUGGACGACGGCGUGCAAGACAAAGAUCAGAAAGCUACAUACCUUGUUGCUACCGGUGCUGAUAAACGUCUCAACCUCUUCAAUCUGGACGCCGAUAAUACUGUAGCUGCGUCAAUAUCGGGACUUACAGACUCACCUAUCCUUUCUUAUGCUAGUAUUCGAGGAGGACAAUACCAUCUGCUAGCAACCAUGUCCGGCCAGCUUCUUCUCGUGCGCGGCAAUGAAAUUAUAGACCGAAGGAAAGACCAUACGAAGUACGUAGUCAAGGUUGUUGCAUAUGAGGACCAUGACAACCAUAUUUGGAUAGUCACUGCAGGAUGGGAUAUGCAAGUUUUCAUUUACAGUAUAAAGCCGAAUUCUUCCUCGGGUACAGAGCUCGAAAUUGGCAACCCGGUGGGAUCUCUCAAGGUGCCAACAAAUCCAGAGUCUAUUCUCCUCGUACAUCAUCCGGAGACAAGAGAUUUGACCCUUCUACUUUCCCGGCGGGAUUCAACAUAUAUCUACUACUAUAAUAUCGAACCAUUACGGACACGGGACAGUCAGCAACGAAGUUGCAAGGAAAUCGGAAAACAAAACCUUGCGCCCAACUCCAAUGCUUGGGUUUCCUUUUCACCCUCUUGUAUGACACAGAAUCCCCGCGAUCCUGGUAUAAUCGCAGUCGCUCUAUCCACGUUGCCGCAUAUGAAAGUGAUGAUUGUCCGCUUGUUAUUUCCAACGAAGAGGAAUACUGGAGAUGAUGAACGCGUCAACAAUGAAGCGACCCCAGCAACCCACCUCAGUCAAUCGAACGCUUCAUUAGCACUCCAAAACCAUGAAGAUGCCGCUAUCAUAAUCCAAGCGAAUACAUUCGCUCCGCAGACUGCGUAUUCGACCCCACAGGUUGUCUGGCGGCCGGAUGGCUCUGGUGUUUGGGUUAAUGGAGAUGAUGGUGUUAUCCGCGGCAUUGAGAGUAAGACGGGCAAAUUAGUAACCAUGUUGAAGAAUGGGCAUGAGGCCGGCAUUAAAGUGAGGAGCAUAUGGGCGGGCUGGGUUGAGGGGGAGGAGUGGCUUGUUAGUGGAGGGUUUGAUAAGAAAUUGAUUGUUUGGAAGCCAGAAAGGUCGGAGACUAGACUCAGCUCCAAUAGAGGUAUAUAG